AUGGUCUGGCUACUCGGGGGGGCUGGGGUCGGAGGACGGCGGUUCGAAGCCAGCCCGGGCAGGAAACGGCUCCGGAGGCAGCGCGCCAGCCUCGGGUGGAAGAGCCGCGGUGCGGAACUGAGGCUGGGGUCGAGGCCGGCCCGGGCGCGCGUGCGCACUCGACGGACGCCGGUCAUCCGCGGCCGGGCCACGUCCGCGUCCGGCCGUGAGGUCCGCGCGGCGGUCCGGUGGGUUUCCGUCAGCGGCGUCCCGGCCUGGCUUCGACGUCGUCGGAGGCAGCGAGGCGCGGCCCGCCCGCGGCGGUCGGACGCGUCCGGUUCUGACGCCCCGGACGGUCCCCGCUCCCCGGCGUGCAAAGCGGGCCAGCACGGUCGAGAGGAGACGAGGAUGAGGUCGGUGCUGCACACGGGGCUCGGCCUCUCCGUCCCCGGCCCGCGGACUCCGGAGCCCGUCGUGGCACCGCCCGCGGCCAGCGGAACCCAAGGGAAAGAUGCUCAGGAAGGACCUCUGCUCUUUGACGACCUCCCUCCGGCCAGCAGUACUGACUCAGAUGUUUUAGGUGUGGCUGUCUUAAGUUUUGAACACAUGGCCUCAGGACCAGGGGGACCUUUGCUCUUUGAUGACCUCCCACCUGCCGGCAGUAGUGAUCCAGGUUCUCUUGCCACAUCAAUUCCCCAGGUGAAGAAUGAAGGGAAAGGAGCAAAGAGGAAAACCUCUGAGGAAGAGGAGAAUGGCGGUGAAGAGCUUGUGGAAAAGAAAGUUUGUAAAGCCUCAUCGGUGAUCUUUGGCCUGAAAGGCUAUGUAGCUGAGAGGAAAGGUGAGAGGGAGGAGAUGCAGGACGCCCACGUCAUCCUGAAUGACAUCACUGAGGAGUGUAGACCCCCGUCGUCGCUCAUUACUCGAGUUUCUUAUUUUGCUGUUUUUGAUGGACAUGGAGGAAUUAGAGCUUCGAAAUUUGCUGCACAGAAUUUACAUCAGAACUUAAUUAGAAAGUUUCCUAAAGGAGAUGUGAGCAGUGUAGAGAAAACGGUGAAGAGAUGCCUAUUGGACACUUUCAAGCAUACCGAUGAGGAGUUCCUUAAACAGGCAUCCAGCCAGAAGCCUGCCUGGAAGGACGGCUCCACUGCCACUUGUGUCCUGGCUGUGGACAAUAUCCUGUAUAUCGCCAACCUUGGAGAUAGCCGGGCAAUCCUUUGUCGGUAUAACGAAGAGAGUCAGAAACACGCCGCCUUAAGUCUCAGCAAAGAGCAUAACCCAACCCAGUACGAAGAGCGCAUGAGAAUACAGAAAGCUGGAGGAAACGUCAGGGAUGGGCGUGUCUUGGGCGUGCUUGAGGUGUCCCGCUCCAUCGGGGAUGGGCAGUACAAGCGCUGCGGGGUCACCUCUGUGCCUGACAUCAGACGCUGCCAGCUGACCCCCAAUGACAGAUUUAUUUUGCUGGCCUGUGAUGGGCUCUUUAAAGUCUUUACCCCGGAAGAAGCCGUGAACUUCAUCUUAUCCUGUCUGGAGGAUGAAAAGAUCCAGUCCCGGGAAGGGAAGCCUGCCCUGGAUGCCCGCUACGAAGCCGCGUGCAACAGGCUGGCCAACAAGGCGGUGCAGCGGGGCUCUGCAGACAAUGUCACGGUGAUGCUGGUGCAGAUUGGCCACUGAGGCUGCGCGCAGUGCUGGCGCCCAGGCCCCUUCGCGUGCGCUGUUUUGUGGUCUGUGGGACUCCACAGUUGUAAAUAAAGGUUCCUUUUUUUCCUAG